CCUAGACGCCUCUUCCCCGCGCGUGCCUCUCUCCCCAUGGAUUCCUUUCAGACCGAACAGAUGCUGAGCUUACCCGCCGAGGUCAGCAGCAGCAACUUAGAGCUGGCGGAACCGGAGGAGCGGGCAGCAUCAGCGGCCCGCGUAGACAGCGGUCCCAACCCGGAGCCGGCUACCGAGGGCCCCGCAUCUCUCCCGACGCGGGAGCCAGAGCCAGAGCCGUCUCCAAGGACCUCGACGCCGGAGUGCAAAGUCCUGCUCAAGCAGGCCGACGCCUUGGCGUCCGUGGGACGCCUCCGGGAAGCCCUCGAGGUGUACAGACAGCUUUCGGAGCGGCAGCAGCUGGUGGCCGAGCAGCUGGAACAGCUGGUGCGCUGCCUGGCUGAGAACGUCCGGCAAGAUGAGGUGCUGGCGCCGGCGCCGGCACCCUCGGAACCGAGCAGCGCGGUGGCAGUGGAAGAGGCAGGGGCGGCAGCGGCUGCGGCCACCGAAGUGUGGGACGGCUUCAAGUGCCGGAAGUGUCACGGAUUUCUUUCGGACCCCGUGUCCUUGUCGUGCGGCCACACCUUUUGUAAACUCUGCCUGGAACGUGGGCGGGCAGCCGACCGGCGCUGUGCGCUGUGCGGGGUCAAGCUCUCCGCGUUGAUGGUGGCCACUGGGCGGGCGCGCGGGGCCAGGCGGGCCGGGCAGCAGGCACCGCCGCCCCUGCGGGUCAACGUCGUGCUCAGCGGCCUGCUCGGCAAGUUGUUCCCGGGCCCGGCGCGGGCGUCGCAACUCCGGCACGAGGGCAACCGGCUGUACCGCGAGCGCCAGGUGGAGGCGGCGCUGCUCAAGUACAAUGAGGCAGUUAGGCUAGCUCCAAACGACCACUUGCUUUAUAGCAAUCGAUCUCAAAUUUAUUUCACCUUGGAGUCUCAUGAAGAUGCAUUGCAUGAUGCAGAAAUAGCAUGUAAACUCCGCCCAAUGGGUUUUAAGGCACACUUCAGAAAAGCGCAAGCCUUGGCUACUCUAGGCAAAGUGGAGGAAGCUCUAAGGGAGUUUCUCUAUUGUGUGUCCCUGGAUGGCAAGAACAAAAGAGCAAGAUUGGAAGCUCAAAGGGAAUAUCCCGAGCUCCCGCAUUGCUCUAGUAGGGAAGAAGCAGCAGCCUGGGGAGAUGGCAGCAGCCUGAUGAAGCCAGCUAAAUUAAGGGCAGACAGUCAACAAGGCGACAUGCAAGGUGAGGAAGAAAAAGGGAAGGAGGAGCAGGAUGCUGCCUCCCCAGAAGCUGCCUCCGUCAAGACUGGCAAAUGCCAGGAAAAGAAAAGGAAACAUUGCCAAAUUGAACCCCAAGAAGACACGGAGGUGCCUAAUAAAGCCUCCAAGCAAGAUCCUCCUGAUCAGGGGCCCAAACCUGCUUUCAAUAUUCCGCUUGCAUCUUUUGACGCAUCUGACCUUGAAUGCUCCCUGUGUAUGAGAUUAUUCUAUGAGCCAGUCACAACACCUUGUGGGCAUACUUUUUGCUUAAAAUGCCUUGAAAGAUGCCUAGAUCACAAUGCCAAGUGUCCGUUGUGCAAAGAUGGCCUUGCACAGUGCUUGGCAUCAAGAAAAUACAGCAAAAAUGUAAUAAUGGAAGAGCUUAUAGCUAAAUUCCUUCCAGAAGAACUCAAGGAACGAAGGAGGCUUUAUGAAGAAGAAAUGGAAGAACUUUCCAACUUAAAUAAGAACGUGCCUAUUUUCGUGUGUACCAUGGCCUAUCCCACUGUUCCUUGUCCCCUGCACAUCUUUGAGCCUUGUUACCGCCUGAUGAUUCGUAGAUGCAUUGAGACAGGCACGAGACAGUUUGGCAUGUGCCUUGGAGAUCCUGUUAAAGGGUUUGCAGAAUAUGGCUGCAUCCUAGAGAUCAGAAAUGUUCAGUUCUUUGCUGAUGGACGUUCAGUGGUCGACAGCAUAGGCAAGAGACGCUUCAAGGUGCUGCAUCAGGGCCAGCGGGAUGGCUACAACACAGCUGACAUCGAAUACAUUGAAGACCAAAAGGUUCAGGGAGAAGAUUGUGCUGAGCUCCUAGGAUUACAUAACUGUGUGUAUGAGCAAGCGUCAUCAUGGUUUCAUUCGCUCAAAUCAUCUCUAAAGAAUCGGAUACUCAGUCACUUUGGCCCAAUGCCAGAGAAAGAUGCUGAUCCUCAGAUUAACCCGAAUGGUCCAGCCUGGUGCUGGUGGACAUUAGCGGUUCUUCCCUUGGAAAGCCGAGCUCAGCUCCCAUUCCUAGCAAUGAGGUCCUUAAAGGAUAGACUGAACGGUAUUCGGCGAGUCCUGGCCUUUAUAUCCCGAAACCAAAACUAGUGAGAGUGGAUGGCGAAGAGGAGCUCCCACCCUCCCCACUGCCCUGGGGGUGGGGUGCUUCUUGUAAAUAUGUCUAACCGCAAUAACAUCUUAACAGAAGGAGGUAUCAAACAGAGGCAUUAACCUGCUUUUGAUCUCAGAACAAAAUGAAGUCGAAAGACCGAAAGAAUGUGACCCGUUUAAAACUUUCUGUCCUAAGAUGCUUCUUGACAAUGCUGCACAAUCAUAUAAACAGCAGAGAUGUUUAAGAGCCCAGAAAAAAAUCGAUUUUAACAUAAAAUCUUCAGAAAAUUUAAAGUGAUUUUUGCUUUAAUUUCAUUUUUUCCUAGAUGAUUGUGUUUGAAAUGUGAAGCAAAGAUACUAAUAAUGUUGCUGCAUGAUGUCACUGACUUGAGGUCUCAUUCCAAAUGGUUCAGGUUUUAUAGAGCAUUGUGUAAAAUAAUGUCCAUACUUCUUUCUGUUUUAAUAAUUUAUUUUUUGCACUACUGUACCCUUUUUUCUACAUGUAUGUCUGUAACUAUUUAAGUGUACAUUACUGAAAAGUCAGUUGCUUAAUUUAUUCAUGUGGUUUACCAGGAGUCCUAGGGGGAAGUAACAAUAUUAGAAAUGUGCAAUUUCUUGCUUUAGUUAUUUUUUACUAUGUUGAUCCACUUCUGUAUCUAUCCAAUUGGAUAUUGACAUUAAGUUUGGAGUGAUGCCAAGAUCAUCUCCCUUCACAUAUUCUACUUUUUUGUUUCAAUUUGCAUUAAACGAAACAAAAUACUUAAGAGAUUUGUCAUAGAUGAUGGCACAUGCCAAGGUAAAGUAAAAUAAUCCACUUUCUGCAUGUAAUACAGAACAGGGCUGAAAGAACUAUUUUUCUAGAAUGAAGAUAUGAAUCAGAGUAGUGUCCUUUAUUAGGAUGUCUUAUGGGCAUUGUAUUUCAGCAAUAUAAUUAGACCUGUCUCUCGUUUCUUCUCACUGCAGUUAGGAAUGUGAUUUUAGGUGCAAUAGUAUUUAAUCCUGAGAAGGAAUGGCUUCCAACUUGGCAUAUCAUAGCCAUGUCUCCCCCCACCCCCAUCCCCGCCUACACAUACACACACACACACACAAACCUCUAUACCCGGUUCUGACCAAGAGCUGGACUAGCAUGUGUGAAAACAUUUGAUGAAGGAUUAUUUGUUAUCAAAAGUAUGAAGAAGCCAGAUAGGUUAUAACUCAAACUCUUUUUAAGGGAACCAAACAAUUCAUCCAUAAUCUUAUCUAAACGUUGUUUUUUCUCCUAAUUGCAAUGGACCAAAUAUCUGAAUAUUGCAGGAGAAUAUUUGUAACUUGCUUGGCGCUACUUUGGUUCCUUGAGUGUCAGGAGAACUUGAAAGUACCCUGGGUAUGGGAGUGUUAUAACAGAGUUGAAAGACUAGGGCAGGGAAGUAGUGAAUUGUACCAUUUUUACCUGCCUGCAAAUUAUCCCCCCACGUGGUUUCGGACACCUACAGUGUUACUUGCUCACAGCCCAUACAUUCUGUUAAGGUGAGAGGGUAAUGUUUCUGGCAGUCUGAUUUCCAUCACUACCUGUGGCCAAAAGCAGACAAAGGAGAGUGAGAUGAGCCAGACUGAGCAGGUGAAGCAUGGAAGUAAAUGGAGGUAUAGGCCUAGUUGCUGUGCGAGCAAACUCCAGAAGACUCUGGGAGCAGGAAAUUAAAGGCUCCCCCUCCCACCUGGUGGCUGACCGUGUGGUCAUAGCACGGCACUGUAUGGUAGUGUCCUUAUUGUCUUAAAUGCAACAAAGAAAAGGAUCGGAAGCUUCUCCACUUGCUAGGUGUGUUACUUUGGGGAAAUGAUUUCACUUUUCCUGAGCCCCAGUUUCUUCAUCUAGAAAACAGUAGUGAUAAAUGCUGUCUGUAGAAUUGUUAGGCACCUCACAUGGGAUAUGUGCGAAUCACUUAGCACAGUGUCUUGCACAUAGGAGACAUUCAAUAGAUAACAGUUGUUACAAGAGUAUAGUUUAAGAACAUCACAACUGCCUUUACACACAGAACCCUCUUGCAAUCGCUUUAAACUUGCUCAGCAGAGUCCAUACCAAUGAUUUUUUUAGAUCGUAGCUUGAUGAUUUACAGGUAAAUCCAUUUGGGGUUAAGUCUGUUUGGGAAGGUGAAAAUAGUGGAGAAAAAAAUCAGGGUCAGAGGUUGGGGCUUAUCCUAUGCCAACAACCUUUUCCUCAUUUCAGUAAAGGCUAAAAAGUAGUGUUGCUGUGAGGUCUAGAAUUUCUGAUAGAAUGGAAGCCUUAAGUUCUAGUUCCAUUCACAUAACUAACCCAGCAGUCCCUGUUCAUCCAAAUGUAUGGAUAAUCUUGCCCGUACCUGGGUGGUUGGACUUUAUAAUCUGUGACUUUAAUGUUUAGUUCAUGGAACAGAUUCAACAAAAAUGUAUUGAGAAACUACCAUGUGCAAGGUACUGAAUCAUGCAACCGCACAUAGCUGAGUUAAUUUAUGUAUUUCUCAUAUCCACCUUGUGACAGCAGUUAUUAGCCCCAUAUUGUGGCUGAGAAAACUUGAGGCUCUGCAAUGUUGGCUACUUCACCCAAGUAACAGAGCCAGCCAGUAAAUGGCCAAGCUUAAUUUUGAACCUAUUUUUUAAAAUUUUAAAUAGUUUGUGUUACAUACAUUUUGUUAAACAGGCUUGGCAAUCAAAUCCCAAAAGCACCUCAGAAGGUCACAAAGGGAAGUCAUGGCUUAAGUAAAGUUAAUUUACUCAGCAUAUCUCUUAUUUCCUCUAAGUGUGAUUUCUUAAUAAAAUCCCACAACACAGAAAGCCCCCCUUGAUCAGUGAGGGCUCAUCUCCAGUAGAUGUAGAUCUUGAUUAGACAGGAUUGCACUUACUCUCAGUAGCCUAGAUACAUAUGUGGGUUGUUUUACCUCAAGCUUUUGUUUCAGUCGUGAUGGGAGGCUAAGCCUUGACUUUUUUUUGGAUGUAACUGAAUGGGGUAAUCCAUUGGACUUGACCAGUUUUGUAAAUUGGUUUUACUGAACAUCUAGGGAAUAAAGAGUAUACAAGAGAUAGGACAUAAAGGUUAAUGUAGGCCUGGGCAAGGCUUCCCCCGUGCUAGAUAGUGCCACUUAUUGGGUUACUUGUUUUCUGUUUAUCACCACUGACCCCAGUCUUUCUCUAAUAAGUUAUUUUCUAUCUAUGUGUGUAAGAGUGUGUGUGUGCACACAUGUGUGUACAUGCACACACAUCAUGCAUAUCUUAGGUAGCAAGCAGAUACCAUGCCUUUCUGCUUUGUACUGUACUACUACUGCUAGCUAAUAACCAGCAAAAUGUAGAAAAUGAAGUUCAACACAAACAACUGUUUAUAGACAACUUGGAGGAAAAAGUGCCUGCCCCUGGCUUAGUGGGGCAGAGAAUUGCUUAUUUCAUCAAUUUGCCUUUUCUGAAGGCCAACUGCUUCUAGUGCAGGGCUGCCUCAGCAGCAAGGGGCGAGUCAAGGCAUUGCCCAUGUGGUGCUCUGCCUGUGGAGCUGGCCUGGCUCAGAUAAUCCCCUGUGACUGGCCAGUGGGGCAGUGGAGCUCCUGAGGCUGGUUCACAGCGCCCGGAGGUCUCUCCCUGUUAAUAAAUUGUGUACUGUUGGUGGACUGUAACCCACUGGGGACUGUGCUCUCCACACCUACUCCAUUGCCAACAUGGGAAUUUGAUUUGGUACUCAUUCUGCAAGUUCCCACCAUACUGACUUUGCAGCUGUUUCUGCUCAUCAAGGCAGGCCCGUAGCAGAGGUGUGUGGCAAAGGUACAAAUGGAAGGCAGCUCAGACUAUAGAAAAGGGCAGGUUUUCAGCCCUUUCUUGGGCCUGAGGACCAAGGUUUUGAUUUAUGAUCGAAGACAUUUUUGAAAAGCAGCCAGCUGCCUAGGCUUCCAUGUGCACCACUUCCUGCGUGCAGAGAGAAGGAAGGAAAAGGAGCCAUGUAAAAUGGAUGCAUUCAAUUCAUCUUGCCAUGAUAGCUCCCACCUAACUCAUUCAACUGUUUAAUAAUAUAGGGUAUGCACAUCCAGAGGCGAAAUGAAGAAAUUUUCACUUACAAGUGGGUAUUUAAAACACGCUAAGUUAACCUCCAGAGAGAAGUGCCUGUAAUCUCUGUUCCUGUUGUCACUUUAAAGCUUUUGCUUCUUGACUCUGUAGCUGUUUCAGAUUUUUUUUUUUUGCAGCAAACGUGAUUAACAGACGUUUACAAAGCAACACUGUAUUUUAUGCAUCAUUUUAAAUGUUGAGUAACAUCUAUUGUUAAAGCAACAACAAUCAACAACUUUGAAAUAAAAGCAAACAGGUUAAUAUGGCACGAUCAGCUUAUCUUAGAUCAACUAGCUCCAUCAUUUUAUGCAGUUCUUAGUAGUGUCACGAUUACAAUAUCAAUCGAGCCACUGAACCAGUGGCAAAUGUGUAUGUGUAUUUGUUAUUUUUUUUCAUUUGUUUGUUAAGCAGCCAUUUUAUUCUUGCACUGUAAUGAACUGAAGGGAAAUUAAAAUAAUGCUUUCCCCCCAUAUUGCUAUUCAACUACCUCUAUAAGCUUGAUUUCUUUUUAGAGUUUCCCUUCCUCUAAAUCUGUACAAAAACCAUUUCAGCACAUCUAUGUUGUAAUAACAAUGUGAUAAUAGACAAUC